AUGAGCACCUCGAUACUCCACGUCCAGCGUGAUAUUAUCCUUAAUACAAUCCGUUUUGCUGCAGGUGAAGAGUGGAAAGUUUUAGUCGUGGAUGAGACUAGCCGAAAGUUGAUUAGCAAUUCCGUGAGCGAGGAUGAUAUUCUGAACAACAAUGUCACCAAUGUCGAACAGAUCGAACAUAGGCGGUCGCCCAAUCCUGGCAUGGAUGCAUUAUAUAUCUUGUCGCCUCAUACGCAUAUUGUGGACUGCCUGAUGGCCGACUUCGAAAGGAGGAGAUAUAGGAAAGCAUGGUUAGUUUGGACAGCAGUUCUGGAUCCUCAACAGCGCUCUAGAAUUGAACGAUCGCAGAUGGCCCAAGAGCAGAUUGCCAGUUUUCGAGUGAUAAAUACCGACUACUUCCCCAGAGAGUCGCGCGUUGUUACGUUUCGAGACCCGUGGAGCUUUCCGGUGUUGUUCCACCCUGGAUGCAACCACUUGAUUCGCACGCAUCUGGAGGCGUUGGCACAGAAGGUUGUAUCGCUUUGCGUCAGCUUGGGAGAAUACCCAGUGAUUCGAUACUAUCGACCAAAAGCUCCCACCCACGAGGCCGGUGUCCUGUGCUCGCACUUGGCCCGAUUCAUCCAGAAUGAAUUAGACCAAUAUGCCCACUUUCAACGAGAUUUCCCUCCACCUUCGCCCCGGCCUCGAGGGGUCCUUCUCGUGGUGGACCGGUCUAUAGAUCUCAUAGCCCCACUCAUCCAUGAGUUCACCUAUCAGUCCAUGGUGCAUGAUUUGCUACCAAUCAACGAUGGGGACAAGGUGACCUACAAAACCGUCGUCAAUGAGGGCGGUCCAAACGAGGAGGUGAAGGACAUGGAAAUCAGUGAUCAGGACAACAUCUGGGUUGACUACCGACAUCUCCAUAUGAAAGAUGUGCUUGAAAAGCUGGGCGAGGACUUUGCCAAAUUUAGAGCGGCCAACCCCCAAUUUGCCGAUGAAAACAAGGCCAAUGUUGACACGAUAAAGGACAUGCUCGCUGGCCUCACCGAAUUCCAGCAGGGCAGAGAUGCCUAUACACUCCACCUGAAUAUGGCACAGGAGUGCAUGAAAUAUUUUCAAGAGCAUAAGCUGCUUGAAGUGAGCUCCGUUGAGCAAUGCCUUGCAACGGGCGUGGACGAGAACUACAAAAAAGCGAAAGGACUGGCUUCGCAGUUGGUCCAAUUGAUGGAUGACGAGGCCGUCGGGUAUUCGGAUAGACUGAGGUUAUUGCUGCUCUACAUCAUCUACAGAGGAGGUCUGGUUCCCGGGGAUAUUAGGAAGCUUCUGGCUCAUGGUCAGCUUCCACCACAAGACAAUGAGAUUAUCUACAACCUGGACUUAUUGGGCGUCAGAGCAGAAAAGCCAUUGAAGGAUGAUAAGCCGCCUGUUCAGCCGCUGUUCAACCGGAAACCCCCGUCCCCAGCCGAUGCGGGUGAAAUGAGUCUGUCUCGAUACGAACUGAAUGUGAAAGUGAUGCUCGAAGAGCUUGUUAGAGGAACGCUGGAUCCGUCCGUUUUCCCAUUUACCCGUCCGCAAACCGACGCCGAUGGAAUGGGAGCGCACGAUAGCCUAUCUCAAGCGUCCCUCCGAAGUGCCAAACCGACCUGGGCACGAACCCGCUCGGCGACGGAGCAACCUAAACAACGCAUUAUUGUCUUCAUGGCGGGCGGUGCGACGUACGGAGAGUCUCGUGCCUGCUAUGAAAUCUCCCAGGCAUUUAACAAAGACACUUUCCUAGCGACGUCACAUAUGCUGAGCCCUAGCUUGUUUCUGCGGCAAGUUGGAGAUCUUAGCGCUGACCGAAGACGACUAGAUAUCCCCGCCGAGCGACCCAAACCUACAGCUCCGGCCCAUUUAUUCGAGAAGGAAGCUCCACCUCAGCCUGUGCCCAAGAAGACUCCUCCGCCGAUGUCAAAUCUCAACUCUCCGGCACCUCCUUCGGCGGCUAUGGGCGCCAUGUCACUGGGACCCAAGGUUCCCAAACCCGCAAACGGUGCGCCUAGCGGCACUAUUCCUGCCUCCAGCUCAAAACCGCAAAAGGAGAAGGAGAAGAAAAAACGCCAUUUCUUCAGGUAG